AGUAUUGUUUGUGUUUCGAAAAUCCUAUUUGUAUUAACAAUAAUACAAAAAAAUCUUAAUGAAAUGGCUAUGAUAACAAUUGAAAAUGAUCUCAUGGAGACUAAAAAAUAGAAAGAUAUUAUAUUUCGAUAAUAAUAUUAUAAUCAUUUUAAUUUUAUUAACUUAUAGUAAAAUCUCAUGAGCCAAAUCUCGUUUUUAACAGAGCCUCCACAAUCCAUUGGACGUACGUUCUUCUCGUCGUUAUAAUAACGAAGCUAGUAAGCAAUUGCAUUGGUUUGGCCGUUGGGUUGAUUUUUAGUCUUUCGGUUGCGUUUCGAACCAGUGGCUUGGGUGGCCCGUACGUGCGGUCUUUCUAUCAUGCAUGCAACAGCUGGCUGCUCACUAUACAUUUUUGGGUUCGAAUUUAGAGCACUUCUACUAUGCUAUAUAGUAUUGGUGCUUUAAUGUACAACUUAAAGUUGUACCAUAACAUUAAAUGUAUAAGUUUAGGUUGUACCAUAAAGCAAUUUGUACAAUUAUGUUAUGAUACAACUUUACAACUUGAAGUUGUACCAUCACAUAAAAGUACAAGUUCAAGUUGUACCAUAAAAGAAUUUGUACAAACAGUAUAGGUACAAUCUAAAGUUGUACCAUAACGUAAAUGUACAAUUUUAAGUUGUACCAUAAAGGUAAAGUCCUAUAGCACCAAUACUAUAUAGCAUUGUAAAAUUCUUCUCGAAUUUAAUUGAUUCCCUAUUCCUUCUCAAAUUUCUCCUUUUUGUGAUUAAUUUUAUUACUUUCAUUUGUAGCGCACGAAAUAAUAUAACAACAAUAAUGUAAAAGAUUAUGAAGCUGAUUAUUUUCCAAUUAUAGUCUGAUAGCUGGUACAAUCUAUCUACGCCAAUUCAAUUCAUAUUUGUUUUAGCAAAAUAUGUAUGGAAAUGGAAAAUCAUUAACACUUAAUUAAUUUAGGCAUGCAUAUAACAUAUUUGAAGACAAUAUCUCUAAAAUUUACAUUCAUAUUUAAAUAAAAUAUAACAUUUCAAAUAAAAUUAAAAAUCCUUCAUAUUUAAAUAUAAUAUUUAACGACACCAUCCAAAAGUUUAUAAUCUAAACAUUCAUAGUUUAAUCCAACAAAUAAUAUCAAGAUUUAACUUUCAAUCUCAAGAAACGGUGAAAAUGUAUUAUUAUUUAAUUUUAACGGGUAUUAAUAGAACUCGAUCAAUCACCAUAACCCAAUUUUAUAACGGGUAUUAAUAGAACUCAGUUCUACCGGCUGACAUGCCAACGAGAUGACAACCAUGUUAUUUUCUUGCACAAGUAAUUGAUAAGAAUCCCAAGUCCCCACUCAAGAACUAAUUAACGAAUUAAUUUUGUUAAUUCACGAGGAGAAAACUCAGCUCUCGUUUAAGUCUUCAAACCAAACUACUAAACUAACACCAAUCACACUAAACUAACCCUAAUUAUAUAUCAAUCCAACGGCGGUGAUACAAUAGCGCAUGCCAUCCACGGCCCUGUUAGCUAGCCUCGAUCCAGCUGUAAUUGUAACAAGUAACAACACCAGUAGAUCUCUAAAACCUCUACGAGAGAAAAGCAGUAAUCACAAUCCCAUUGAAAAUCAAAUCACUCUCGAAUCAAACGCCGAAAUUCUUUCCCAAUCUCUCCCUAUAUAAAUAACCCAACAACAUUCAGUCUCAUUCAUUCCCUCUGUUCCAAUCUCCAACCAGCCCUUCUCUCCCCUAAAAACCACACUAACUCCAAUCGAGUCCAACGACAAUGACCGGCGGUGAUAGCGCCACGGGCGUCCAGCGGCGGCACCCGCCGCGCUACGCGGACGAGUCCGGCCGCGAUUCCGACGAGAUCGUCGCCGAGGACGCGGCGGCGGAGGGGAAGAUCUCGGUGGAGGACGCGUUCAGGGACGCGGAGGUGCCGUCGCUGUGGCAGCAGCUGACGUUCCGCGCGAUCUUCGCGAGCGCGCUGCUCAGCCUGGUUUUCAAUUUCAUCGUCUGCAAGCUGAAUCUGACCACCGGAGUGAUCCCGUCGCUCAACGUCGCCGCCGGCUUGCUCGGAUUCGCGAUGCUGAAGGGAUACACGGAGCUGCUCAACAGAUUCGGCCUCUUGAAGCAGCCAUUCACCCGCCAGGAGAACACCGUCAUCCAGACCUGCAUCGUCGCUUCCUCCGGAAUCGCCUUCAGCAGUGGGACGGCGAGUUACUUGCUGGGAAUGAGCCCAGUGGUAGCGAAGCAGGGGGAGACGGGGAACACGCCAUUGAACGUGAAGGAGCUCUCCGUUGGCUGGAUAAUGGGGUUUCUCCUGCUGGUGAGCUUCGUUGGACUGUUCUCCAUCGUGCUGCUGAGGAAAGUGAUGAUCCUGAAGUACAAGUUGACUUACCCUAGUGGUACCGCAACUGCUCAUCUAAUCAACAGCUUCCACACACCCAAAGGGGCAGCUCUCGCCAAGAAGCAAGUGGGAGUGCUGUUCAAAUCGUUCGGCGGCAGCUUCAUUUGGGCCUUCUUCCAGUGGUUCUUCGCCGCUGGGGAUGCGUGUGGCUUCGCCAACUUCCCCACUUUAGGCAUUCAAGCGUUUAACCAGAAAUUCUUCUUCGAUUUCUCGGCAACGUAUGUUGGAGUUGGUAUGAUCUGCCCGUACAUGGUUAACAUUUCGCUGCUUUUUGGCGCCGUGAUUUCCUGGGGAUUGAUGUGGCCUUUGAUCGAUGCCAAGAAAGGUGACUGGUUCAGCGCCGAUCUUAGCCCUAGCAGCCUCCACGGUCUCCAAGGUUAUAAGAUAUUCAUCGCCAUCGCGACAAUGUUAGGCGACGGGCUAUUCCAGGUGAUCUACCUGCUGGUCAAGUCCACAACAUCCCUCAUCACCUCCUACACAUCCAAGCCCAACACAACCACCGACUCCUCCGCCCUCGUCGACGACGCCACCGCCGCCGUAAGCUACGACGACAAGCGCCGAAAGGACUACUUCCUCCGUGACCCGAUCCCAACAAAGUACGCUAUCAUCGGCUACCUCGCCACGGCCGCAAUCUCCACCGGCUGCGUCCCCUUAAUCUUCCCUCAGCUCCGCUGGUACCACCUCGUCGUCGUCUACCUCAUCGCCCCGGUCCUCGCCUUCUGCAACGCCUACGGCUGCGGGCUCACGGACUGGUCCCUGGCGUCCAACUACGGCAAGCUGGCAAUAGUCAUCUUCAGCGCCUGGGUGGGCCUGGGCCGCGGAGGUAUCAUCGCGGGCCUGGCCUCGUGCGGCGUCAUGAUGUCCAUCGUGUCCACGGCCUCGGAUCUAAUCCAAGACUUCAAAACCGGGUACCUCACGCUCUCUUCCCCACGCGCCAUGUUCUUUUCGCAAAUCAUCGGCACAUUCAUGGGUUGCGUCAUGUCACCCUUGGUGUUCCUUCUCUUCCUGAAAUCGUACCCGCUCGGCGACCCCAGCGGGCCCUACCCAGCCCCCUACGCGUUGAUCUACCGUGGGAUCGCGCUGUUGGGUGUCGACGGGGUGUCCACCCUGCCGCGAAACUGCCUCGCGCUGUCGAUUGGCUUCUUCUUCUUGGCCAUGGCGGUCAACCUCGCGAAGGAGCUGCUGCAGAAGUACGAGACCAAGUAUAGGAUCUACAGGUUCGUGCCGAGCCCCAUGUGUAUGGCGAUACCGUUCUACUUGGGGGCUUACUUCGCGAUCGACAUGUGCGUGGGGAGCUUGAUUCUCUUCUUGUGGACGUGGAGGAAUAGGAGGCAGGCGGAGGACUAUGCGGCGGCGGUGGCUUCCGGGAUGAUAUGUGGGGAGUCGUUGUGGGGGAUUCCGGCGGCGAUUCUGUCGCUGGCUGGGGUUGGUGCGCCGAUCUGCAUGAGGUUCUUCUCGGCCGGGGAUAAUAAGAAGGUCGAGGCCUUCUUGGCUACGUUGUAGUCAGCUAUUACAGUGCACGAACUUGUUAUUUUCUUUCUUCUUCUUUCUUAACGUUGCGGUAGUUUGUGUUUAUGUAGUGAUCCUGUUGGUUUUAUUGUUUUGGAUUUUGAUUAAGGUUGUAAAUGUAUUACAAUUCGGUAUUAAUUAUAUUUGUGACGAUUUGUUUACUCUUUCAUAAUUCCUUUCUACUUGUAAAUAGAUGUUGAAUGUAUGCUAGCAUGAUUAGCUUUUUUUAUAUAAAAAAUAAUCAUAUAUAUUGAUUGUAAAAAUAGAUCAUUACAUCCUGCAACGAAUUCAGGCCACAAAAUUAAACGAGCGACACCUAGUCAGCUACAAAGAAAGGACCUUGUGAGCCAUCAAAUGGGCUACCUACACCGACCUACGAAUCGCACUCUAAACCCUAUAUGCUCAGCCAGAUAGUUCAAUACUUCACGAAAAAUGGCCCCAAUGCGACUAUCACUAUUCUGAGCUUGGUUGAGUCUAUCAAUAAUGACCUUACACUACAAAAAAACUUGGCUAUAGAGGGAGAGAUUAUUUGCUUCUAAAUGACAUUUAUUUGCUUCUAUAUAUCUAUGGAGGCAGAUACGUUAUUUGCAUCAGACGCCUCUGUCUCUAAUUCAUUUUAGAGUCAAAUAUAGAUGCAAAUAACAU